UGCAAAUUGGAUGAAAACGACGCCGUUUUGAGGACGGUUUUUUCUCUCUUCGGUCCAAAUUUGUACCCUAAACCACUUUAUCUCUGAGCACCACCUCAUGCCGAAGAAAAUGCCCCGCAGCCACACAAUGGCCUCCGCCGCUGUUCCUCACUCCGAACCCUUUCCCUCGUUGGAGCUUGAAACUCAGACCCAGGGCCCGCGCCUAACGCUGCUCGUAGUAAUCGCCGGCGCGCAGACCGGAUCGGAGGAGUUCCUCGCCGCUGACAACCCGGUCAGACAAGUCAGUAAAACGACGCCAUACGAACAUGUCAUGGCUGGCUCGGUCUAUCGCCAAUUCCCUCCGCCUCGACGGCGAAGAUGAAGGUGGGACGGACGAGGAGUAUGGGGCCCCGUACGACGUCGUUCGUCGGUCUUCGAGCGACGUCGGCGGCCGCAGCAGCUUCGGAGAGGAUGAGGAUAUGAAUCGGUGGCGCGUGGCGGCGGAGAGACUGGGCAAUUUCUGCCGUCGGAGGAUUGGGAUUUACUGAGGAAGUUUUACCUUUGCGAGGGAAUGGGAUAUCACGAAUUACCCAGAGACGUGAUUGGAUAUUUUCCGUUCUCGGAGGAAGAGGAAUUUGACGAUGCACCAGAGUCGGCCGCAGAUCCACUCAUAGCACCUGCACCAGCCCACACAGUAUCACCACCUUCCUCCGCCACAUCACCACCGCCAAUCACCUUCUUCAUGCACGACAUCCUCGGCGGCUCACGACCCUCCGGCCGAGUAGUGACCGGAGUCGUAGCCAACUCAGAUGCCAACAACCUCCCUUUCUCAAAAGCCAACAACCAAAUAUUCCCCAUCAACGGAGGAGUCCCUCUAAACACAAUCAACGGCGCCAUAAACAAUAACAACUAUCCAUUCCUAAUCGGCCUCAACGGCAACACCCAACAACAGCAGCAACAACAACAGCAGCAGGCUUUUGUCACGGCUGGGCAGCUUCCUCGAGGCCUUAGCCUCCAGCAACUCAUGUUCGGCUCAAUCACUGUUGUCGAUAAUGAGAUCACCGAAGGGCACGAGCUGGGUACAGCUGUGCUUGGUCGGGCUCAGGGAUUUUACAUUACUAGCUCGUCUGACGGUACAACCCACACGCUCGUGCUGACUGUGCUUUUCCAUGGUGGUGGUGAUGACGUGGACGGUGAUGAUACAGUCAGCUUCUUUGGGGUCCACAGGACGGCUACUCCCAUUUCUCAUCUCGCUAUUGUGGGUGGGACUGGCAAGUAUGGGAAUGUGAAGGGGUAUGCUACAAUCGAGACUCUUCCACAUGAGGAUCAGCACACGACUGAUGGGGUCGAGACCAUCACGCAUUUCACACUCUACAUUACUCCAUAGACGACUCCUUUUAUAUUUUCUAUUUCAAUAUGGCGUACGUUUAUGGUGAGUUCUGUGGAGUUGUGUUAAUAAUCAUCCUUUCUUCUAUGUAUCUUUGGUUUGUGUAACUGAUCGUGUUGUUCAAUGAUUGUAUUAUUAUGUAAAAUUGGAUUUGUAAGUUCAUCCACUGUUGCAUGCAAUUAUUUUUUUCAAUGUAC